GCGCUGGAACCGCGCUUCCGGGGCGGCUGUAGCUGGUGAGCGUGGAGCGGGCGCGCAGAGCGGGGGCUCUUGCUGGCCUUGCAGCUGCGCCAGGCCGGCGGGACUCGAAGCAUGGCGGCGGCAGCGGCGGGCGAGGCACGCCGGGUGCUGGUGUACGGCGGCAGGGGCGCGCUGGGCUCGCGAUGCGUUCAGGCCUUCCGAGCCCACAACUGGUGGGUUGCCAGCAUCGACGUGGUGGAGAAUGAAGAGGCCAGUGCCAGCGUUGUUGUUAAGAUGACAGACUCAUUUACUGAGCAGGCUGACCAGGUGACCACUGAGGUUGGAAACCUUUUGGGUGAGGAGAAGGUGGACGCCAUUCUUUGUGUGGCUGGAGGCUGGGCUGGAGGCAGUGCCAAAUCCAAGUCUUUUUUAAAAAACUGUGACUUGAUGUGGAAACAAAGCAUGUGGACGUCAACCAUCUCUGGCCACCUGGCCACCAAGCACCUCAAGGAAGGGGGCCUCUUGACCUUGACUGGUGCCAAGGCUGCCCUGGACGGGACUCCUGGGAUGAUCGGCUACGGCAUGGCCAAGGCUGCUGUCCACCAGCUCUGCCAGAGCCUGGCGGGGAACAAGAGCGGCCUGCCACCAGGGGCCACCGCUGUUGCCGUGCUCCCGGUUACCCUGGAUACCCCGAUGAACAGGAAAUCAAUGCCUGACGCUGACUUCAGCUCCUGGACACCCUUAGAAUUCCUAGUCGAAACGUUCCAUGACUGGAUCACAGGGAAGCACCGACCCCGCUCAGGAAGCCUGAUCCAGGUGGUAACCACCAAAGGAAAGACAGAGCUUAGUGAAGUGUUCAUUAAGCUGCUUCCCUGAGCCCAGGAGGAGCUGCCAGUGGAGCCACUAACCCGCCUCACCGCCUCACGUCUGGCCCUGUGUCCCGUCGUCCUGUCUGUGGUUCAGGUGGCGAAUCCUGUCUUCUCUCACCUUCUGCGCAUCCAUUCUGGACAUCGUACUGGGUCUCUGUGAACCAGCAGAUGCGAUCGGAGGCCCACAUUUCCUGCCCCACCGUCAGACCACGUGAAGAGGUCUUAGAAUGGCCUGUCCCUGUCGAUGCCCUGCUGGACUGACUCGCGUCUGCCCCCAACGGUGGCUUUGUCUUCUCAGUGUGGUGACUUGUUGCUGUCUGGGGCAUUCUGAGGGCCAGGUUAUCCGCCAGUGCCAUGUCUGUGUCAUCGCUAUAGUUUUAGUGAUCUUCAAUUAAACUGCCUUAAAACUUCAUGUGGUGUGAGCAAAAAGUCCUGCAGACUCUGUUGUGGUGUCCUUUUUAGCAUGUAGUUGCCAGCUGCCCCCUGGCCAGGAGUUGUGUGCACAAGAGAAGUACUUAUGAGUCUUUGGAGUGUUUCUGUUUUUCCUCCAAAUAAAUGCACUUCAGUCA